AUGAAAACUGUUAAACUUGCUCAGAAAAUGUCUUUGUUUUAUUACUUAAUCUUUGAUUUUGAUUUUCAUCUGGAAUUUAAAUUUAUACAAAAACUUUUUAUUCAGUAUGUUAUAGAAGGUAUAACAUGGGCGGAGAAACAACUUUUGGAAGCUGUCGGACUACAUGAACCACCGGUUGAAAAACUUCGUCAACAAUGUACAGAAUAUAUUAAUUCUGCUUUGAUACCAUUGAAAGCUUAUGCUAAACAAUAUGAACGUUUUAUGGAGCUGAUAAUUUUGGAUAUACCUACACAUUUAAAUGCAUAUGAAUCGAAAAAUCCGAGUGCAUUAGAAAUAAAACAGAAAAUUGAAGAAUGUUUAGAAGAAAGUGAAAAUGUUAUGCAAAUCAUACCAAGCUUUAUUAUCAUUGGUCCAUUUUACGUUAAUGCUGAACCUGUAAGACAAAGCUUAUCAAAGAAACAUAAAGCAUUGGCUAGUGCCUUUUUAGAAUUAUUAACCAAACUAUUAAGGAAACAAACUGAUUCG